AAUUCGGAACCAGCGUCACCGGCCGGCACGUGCUUUUGUUCAAGAUGCUCGCAAAGCCGGCUUUCGACAAGCUCGCGGAGUCGGUGUAACGUUUAGGUGACAGAGAUUCAUUCUGAGUCUCGAUGAGUGUACAGGACUCAACCAGCCCGCCCUACUUCGCGGUCCGAAAGGCCCGAAAGAUCCUCAGCAAAAAAUGUCGCUCAUCGCUCUUCAGCAUAUUAUCAAGGCCGCAGACGAAUUCAGCUUCCCGCAUGGUGUCGAAUUUCGGUAUAUGCUGUUGGACACGAACUCCUCCGUGUAUGAACUCGCUCCUUCCGAUGCGUCAUCGUAUCGGUUAGCGGGUGCGCUUCAACCCUUGCCUGUGUGGUGCUACGUCGACUUCGACCAAAUGCGUCGAGAUGUCGAGCUCAAAAGCGCGGAGCAAGCUCUUCUGAUCCGCUUCCUUGCAAUGUUCGGCCGGCCUUAUCGGUAUACCCUUGGCGACUCUGCAGACGUUGUGCGUGCUGCAAGGAAGAAACUCAUAUAUGACGACGAAUUCGAUCCGAAAACCUCGAUCAUGUGUUCGCCAUCUUCGCAAACCGGAUCAUGCUAGAACUGAGUGAUAAGAAGCGAUCGAGCGAGAUCGCUGUACACGCCAUACGCAGUCAUAUGCGCCUCCUCACCGGUGUUUUUGAUGGAUUCACCACCACCGCCGCGCCUUCGUAACCUAUGCUUGCCGUCGCUGCUGCAGAUAUCUUGAAUGAAAAAACCGCAAAACUACGCCGAAGCAUUGGAG